ACUCGGUGUGUGUGUGUGCGUGUGCUUGUGUGUGUGUGUGUGCGUCAGGCGAACGUGAUGCUGGAGUACGAGGUGAGCGAGGCUCGCUCGCUGCUCGAGCGUAAUCUGGACACGGCGACGCGCAACAUGGAGCAGCUGGGCACCGACCUGGACUUCUUGCGGGACCAGUUCACCACCACCGAAGUCAACAUGGCGCGCGUCUACAACUGGGACGUGAAGCGGAGGCAGGCGGAGAGCAAGCAGGGCGGAGGCACCGUCGCCUAGACAACGCCACCGUCGCCUAGACAACGCCAUCACCUAGACAACGCCACCGCCUCCAUCGCUUUAAAUUAUGACGACUUCUACUUCUACUACGACUCCUCCGGCUGCUGCCGCCACGAGGCAGGGCUCGGCCUGCGUCAGCGCCACCGCCGCUGGUCACGUGGCCCACGUGGUCAGGGUGUGGUCACGUGGUCAGGGUGUGGUCACGUGGCUUGCCCCCCCCUUACCCCCUUCCCGCUCACCCCCCCCCUCUCGCCCCCCCCCCCCUUCUCACCCCCUCUCAACCCCCCCCACUCCCUGUCUCAACAUCCCCCUCUU